ACUUUCCGGUUUCCUCGCCACGUUCGGGAAACAACAGCUUUUUUCACGUGGCCGACGCAUCAUGGAGCUCCGACGAAGCGCAGCCUUAGCCCUGGUCGGCCUUCUCGCCGCCACCAGCACCGCGGCAGCGGCGGACACCCCUUCCCCCAACGAGCCCAUCCCCAAGCCCGACUGCGACUCCGACAUCGCGGUCUCGAUCCGCUACGCAGAGUCCACGGCGCGCCUGUAUCUCGAGUCGGCAGACAACGGCACCACCCGCGGCGGCUGCGUGACCCUUGGGCAGAUCUGGGAGAGUCGGGCCGGCAAGGGGCCGCUGUACGCGGUAGACCCUGACUCGGGGAACGUGAGCACUAGCGCGACCGGCACGUGGCUUCUCACGGAGGAGCUGUACGUGGAGGACGGCAUCACGCUCGAGGUAUACGGGUCGGAGGCCGGAGGAGACGCUGACGAACUCCGACUGCUGAGCACUAACGAAACGUUCAUCAACCUCCGAGCGCAUGGCGGGAGCCUGGACUUCGUCAGCACCAAGGUCUUCUCGUGGGACACGAGCACCAACUCGCCGGACGAAGACGAAACCGACGGCCGGUCGUACAUCAGCGCCAUCUCGGAGAUCAUCACCGACGAGGACGAGACUUGCGAGGGUAACGCCAAGAACACCAUGGGGGAGGCCCGCAUGGACAUCGAGAGCAGCGAGAUCGGCUACCUUGGGUACUGGGACAGCGAGAGCUAUGGCCUCACUUGGAAGGUUCGCGGGUUCUGCGAGGACAAGUCUAACCCGGAGGUGUUCGACGACGUGAACGUGUACGGCAACGUGUACGACAGCGACAUCCACCACAUGAACUUCGGCCUCUACACUUACGGCCACCAGCAGGGAGAUUGGAGGAGGAACAAGAUGCACGACAACUCCGGAUACGGCUUCGACCCUCACGACGACAGCGACUUCCUCACCAUCCACGACAACGAGGUGUACAACAACGGCUACCACGGUAUCAUCGCCUCCAAGCGCUGCAACGGCGUGUCUAUCCAGGGCAACGAAGUGUAUGGCGGUGCCGAGACUUCUGCGGGCAUCUUCCUGCACCGCAGCAGUGACGACGCCAUCGUCAAGGGGAACUACGUGCACGACAACGGCGACGCCGGGUUGGCGAUGCUCGAGUCGUUCAACGCUGAUGUGUCCGAGAACACGUUCGAGAACAACAAGUACGGCGUGCGGUUCAGCGUGGGCUGUGCCGACAACGUCUUCUCCAACAACACCAUCAGCAACAACGCCGAGUAA